AUGAGCGACGGCGCGGCAUCCGCGUCGAAGCCGCGUUCCGUGCACGUGCCGAAGCUGCGCAAGGGGAAGGGCCCCUCCGCGGCGCUCCCCGUGUUCGGCUCGUGGAACGCUCCGCAGCCCCCGCCGAAUUUCAACAAGGGCUCGUCGGCGGAAAACGCGGCGGCGCAGGCGGCGGCGGCGGCGAUCCGCGCGGCGACCGCGGGCGCGGGCGGGGACGGGCAGCCAAAAUUCACGGAGGUGUUUCGCGCGAAAGGGGAGCAGCGCGGGAACGGGCAGUGCGCGUGGCCUGAGUACGACGCGAUUCUGGCGAAGCAGACGAUGAUGCACGAUAGGCUGCGCGCCGAGCAGAUGCUGACUCAGCAGCAGCAGAUGAUGACUCACCACCGGCAAUCAAGCAAGAACUCCCUGGUUUCCCCACAGACUUCUGACUCCUCGUUCCCCCAGUCCUUCCCCCAGCCCUUCCCCAGCGUCACUUCUUCCCCCGACCCCUACGCCUUCCCCCCAUCCGCCUCCCUUCCGCUGCCCCCAUCCUCUGCCCCCGCGCCCCCGCCCUUCUUCCCCUCCUCCUCCUCUCUUCCCCAGCCCAGUACUGCCGCGCAGCCCCCCCCACCAUCCCCCCCAGCGGCUCUCGUUCCGCCUAUCGUCCUCCCCCCGCCUUCCGCCACCUCUGCCCCUUCCGACUCCGCCCCACCCCCUCCCUUUCUCGCGCCUGCGCAAUCCGCACCGGUCCCUCCGCCCCCAUUCGUCAAGCCCUCUCCCCUUGCUGCGUCUGAACCACCACCGCUGCACCGUGCCUCUCCCCCUGCUGGUUCGGACUCCCCACCGCUACACUACGCCUCUCUGCCUGCUGCCAUGACUGCCCCUCCGCCUGCCCCUCCGCCUGCUGCUCCGUCUGCUGCUCCGCCUGCCCCGGCCCUUCCACCCGCCCCUGCGCGCGAGUAUGGGUACGAAUACGCGCCUGCCCCUGUGCCUUCGCCUAACGGUUGGGAUGGUGGUGCUGGUGUUGGUGCCGGUGUUGGCGCUCUCUCUGGCACAGCCGCGCCUGUGUUUGCUGCUGGUGCUGCCCCUUCGUACACAAGUGGUGGCGAGGGAGGGGUAGCAGCACCAGCAGGGGCGGAAGGGCAGGGAACGCACGGGGGACAGGGAGGGCAGGGAGCGGGAGAGGUGCUGUGGGGAACGGGGAAAGAGGAGUUUGGGGGGCACGGGCAUGGGGAGGGCAGUGUGGGGAUGGCAGGGCGAGGGUAUGUGUGGGGUGGGGAAACGGAGGGGUAUGGGAGUGGAUUGGAGGGGUAUGGUGGUGGAAUGGAGGGGUAUGGAGGGGGAAUGCAGGGGUACGGAGGGGGGAUGCAGGGGUAUGGAGGGGCGGGGAUGGUGGCGAUGAGUGCAGAGAUGGGGAUGGGAUUGGCUGUGGUUGAGGAAGGGGAAGAUGAGGGGCUGGAUAGCGAAAUGGCAGAGCAGAGUGAGGGGGGCGAGGUGGAGGGACAGAGGCAAGGGCAGGGGCAGGGGCAGGGGCAGGGGCAGGGGCAGGGGCAGGGGCAGGGGCAGGGGGAGGUAAAGAAGGGGUAUGAAGGGGAAAGGGAGGUGGGGGAAGAGUGGAGCAGGAAGGAGGAGGCCGUUGUGGGAGUGGGGGUUGAGCGAGUGGGAGGAGGAGAGAUUGGGAGUGAGGGAGAGGAGGGGGUGAAAGAGGAGGCCAGGGAUAAUUUCACUACCAGUGUCAAAACCAGCGUUGCUACCGCGUCUUCCGCUGCUACAGCAGCCGCCCUUGCGGCUGCUCCUCCCUUCUUCUCCCCCCCACGGGGCCCGUCCGCCCUUACCUCUCAGAGUUACAGUUCCAACACCCAGCCAGGUGCUAACUCAGGUGCCCAGUCAGGAGGGCAGUCAGGCAAUCAAUCCGGUGAAGCGGGUGCAGGAGGGGGUCUGUACAUGUUCAGCGGGCUGACAGGGAGUGACUAUACCGGGAGUGACUAUGCUGGCAGCGGCUGCUUUGUUGAUCCAGGGAACAACUCUGGUGGCCCCCUUGCGGCCACCGCUGCUGCUGCUGGUGCUGGUGCCUCUGCGUUUGCUGCAGCAGGGACGAGGCCAGCAGCAGGGGGAGGAGGAGGAGGAGAGGGGGGAGGUGUGGGAGGAGUGGGGUAUAUGAGUGGUCAACCUGCAGUAGCAGCUGGGGGCGAAGGGGGAGUGGGAGCCGGGGGGGUCAUGAACGCGGGUGGGGAAGGAGCGAGCGGAGGGAGCGGCGGCGGCGGGUACACAGAGUUUUAUGAGGCGCAUAUGGCUGGCAGGAAGCAAGAGACUACCCUGGGUAGUGACUAUGGCCCUGCUGCUGCUGGGGCGGUGGUGGCAGGAGGGGGGGUGGCAGCAGGGGGAGUCGCAGCAGGAGCAGGAGGAACGGUAGCAGCGGAAGAGGAGGCGGCAUGGGCAGGCGGGGAGGCGAAGACGGGGGGGCAGGAAUCGUCAUGCGGGGCACUGGUGGAGAUGGUGAUGGCGCCGCCGUUUGUGGGCAUGGACUCUCCCACGUAUGUCAGGCGCGCUGGUAGCCUGUCCCGGUCUGCUGAGAUGCCACCAACAGCAGCAGCAACAGCAGCAGGAGGAGGAGGAGGAGGAGCAGCAGGAGGAGGAGGAGGAGACGGUGGGCAGCGGCAGGGGAGUGAUUCGGGAAGCAUGUCUCAGGGAAUGGGGCAGCAAGCGACGGGACAGCAAGCAAUGGGACAGCAAGCGAUGGGACAGCAAGCGACAGGGCAGCAAGCGACGGGGCAGCAGGGAUGGCAGCAAGGCGGGUCGCAGGGAUGGCAGCAAAGCGGGCCGCAGGGAUGGCAGCAAAGCGGGCCGCAGGGGGCGACGCAGGGGGGCUUGUAUGUAGGUCCAGGCCUCACAGGCCAACCCUAUGCCUCUGGGAUUUUCCCACAGCAGCCAUACUCGGGCCAAGCGUUUUCAGGAGCCUGGCAGGGCCAGGGGCCCCAGGGACACAUGCAGGGGCAGUGGCAGGGGCAGGGGCAGGGACAGGGGGCACAGGGGCAGGGACAGGCAUACGGACAGGGACAGGGGCAGGGGCAGGGGCAGGGACAGGGAGCAAAGGGACCUCAGGGGCAGAGUCAGGGGUUGCCAGGCCCGGCGCAGGGUUAUCCAGGGCAGGUGUACCCCGCACAGGGGCAAGGACAGGGGCAGGGGCAGGGACAGGGUUACCCAGCGCAGUUGUACCCGGGGCAGGUGUAUCCUGGGUCAGGGCAGGUACCGCUACAAGGCGGGGCGGCGUAUGCAGCAGGAGCAGGUGGAGGGUUUGCAGCUGCAGGAGCAGCGCUGGCAGGGCAGGCAGGAGCUGCACCACCGUAUCCCGUUCAGAAGCCAGCUCGCAAGAAAGGAGGGUUCUGUAGCUGCUUUGGCAUUUGA